CCCCCCCUCCCCCCCCGGUGGUCAGCUGACCGUCGGUCGGUCCGGUGACUGUCAAAUCGCUGACGCCUGCGCCUCCGUGACCCGGUUCCCGCAGCACCUGGCCGAGGCGGGUCUCCGUGUCGCCCCGUUACCGGAGCUCCUGGCCCGCGCCCCCGCCUGCUUUCAUCUGGAGGCCGGGGCAUUAGCAUAAAGCUAACCGAGCUCGUUGCACCGAGAGUCGGACCCAGAUUGGUCCCACUCCCGAGGCCGGUCUGCCGGUCACUUCUCCCCGGAGCCUUUGCCCCCCAUCCCGGGAGCACCAUGGCGGUGCUGGACAUCGCCAUGCAGGCGCUCGCUGUGUUCGGCUUCAUCCUGUUCUUCGUGCUGUGGCUGAUGCACUUCAUGUCCAUCGUCUAUGUGCGUCUCCAUCUCCACAAGAAAAGGUCAGAGGUCAAACAGCCGUUUGUGCAGCUGGUUGGAGUUUCCCUGCUGAAGCCGCUGAAGGGCGUCGACCCGAACCUGAUCUCCAACCUGGAGACCUUUUUCACACUGGACUACCCAAAGUACGAGAUCCUGCUGUGCGUCCAGGAUAAGGACGAUCCCGCCGUGGACGUUUGUAAAAAGCUUUUGGGCAAAUAUCCAAACGUCGACGCUCGACUGUUCAUCGGGGGAAAGAAAGUUGGAAUCAACCCCAAGAUCAACAACCUGAUGCCGGGCUACGAAGGAGCCAAGUACGAGCUGGUGUGGAUCUGUGACAGCGGCAUCCGAGUGAAACCCGACACCCUGACCGACAUGACCAAUCAGAUGACGGAGAAGGUGGGAUUGGUCCACGGGUUGCCGUAUGUCUCCGAUCGACAAGGAUUCGCCGCCACGCUGGAGCAGGUGUAUUUCGGGACGUCCCACCCUCGCUCGUACAUCUCUGCCAACGUGACGGGAAUAAAGUGUGUGACGGGGAUGUCGUGUCUCAUGAGGAAGGACGUGUUGGACCAGGCCGGCGGAUUGGUCGCCUUCGCUCAGUACAUCGCCGAGGAUUACUUCAUGGCCAAAGCCAUCGCUGACAGAGGCUGGAAGUUCUCCAUGGCAACGCAGGUGGCGCUGCAGAACUCUGGGUCGUACUCGAUUGGCCAGUUCCAGUCCCGAAUGAUCAGGUGGACCAAGUUGAGGAUCAAUAUGCUGCCCGGCACCGUGCUGGAGCCCGUCUCCGAGUGCUUCCUGGCGAGCCUCAUCAUUGGCUGGGCUGCUCACUACGUCUUCAGGUGGGACAUGAUGGUCUUCUUCAUGUGUCACUGUCUCGCCUGGUUUAUAUCGGACUACAUCCAGCUGACUGGCGUUCAGGGCGGCCCGCUGUGCUUCUCCAAACUGGACUUCGCCGUGGCCUGGUUCAUCCGGGAGUCCAUGGCGGUGCAGAUCUUCCUGUCGGCGCUGUGGGACCCGACCAUCAGCUGGAGGACCGGCCGGUACCGGCUGCGCUGCGGCGGCACCGCCGAGGAGAUCCUCGACGUGUAGUCGGCCAGAAACAGACUGUUUUUGUUUUUUAUGAGAGGAAAUGAAGUGUUUGUGUGUGUGUGUGCGUGUGUGUGUGUGUGCGUGCGUGCGCGUUUUUACCUAUUUAUGUUUUUUUGGUGCUAAAACUAAAUGAUGCCAGAACAAGCCAAUGAGAGCGCAGGAAGGAAGAGUGAGUGACGCGUCGCGCUGAAUCGUAUGAUCUUUGAUCUGAGCGGAAACGGCCAAUCAGGAGGAGGAAGAAGUCGUUCUCCUGAUCGGCUUGUGAGCGUUUAUUUCAUUGUUUUUGGAAGAUAAAAUAAUUACAAGUAAAUAGGACUUCAUGUUCAGAUAGAACAGAAGUCAGAGCGGCGACUCAUCAGUAUUCACAGGUGAUCUUCAGUGUUUAGUUCGGAAACAAACACUAAGUUGUGAUUAAUAUUCACAAAGA